AUGGAGAUGAACGGGACGGAGACUCGAGGCGAGGAGGCGAUGACGCUCGCUUUGAGUGUGGCCGUCACCGUCAUCUCCACCAUCGGGUUACUGCUUAACGCUUACAUUCUAUUCGUCAUUGUUAUAACUAAACAGCAGUACAGAAGAUGUACUGCGCCGACCCCAAGUGAUUGGGAAAUGGGCAGGGAGAAGAAGAUUGUA